AUGGCUUCCUCAUCGAGAACAGCCAUUCAGCCGCUUACGACCGAGCAGCAAGAAGCCGUCAUCAAACAGCGCAUGCAAGUGGAUGAACGCUCACUCCGACGUCUGGUGAAAAAGCUCACACUUCUACUUUCCAGUAAAGACGUCGAGUCAGUCUCGUCUUCGCGGCUAUCAUUCAAAGCCGAUCUCGAAGCGUUUCGUCUUCAGCUUGUGCGCCUAUCCUCGAUCGCGCGCGGAACAUGUGAGGUCGAGAUCAAAUCUUACACCUCGGAGCUCUCGGAGAUCGAACUUGAGCAGCAAGCGACACAGCAGAGGAUCGACGCACUCAAACAGAAGCUGCGAGAUGUGCGACGCGAACGAAAGAACAAGCUGGAAUACGAUGUGGUCGCAGCAGAGAUCGUCAAGCUGCCAACGAGGAAGGAGUUGGAAGAAUCCUUGCACAGACUGAGCGAGCAACUGGAAGGCGUGAGGGCGGAGAGGGACAAGUAUGCAGUCAUGUCGAAGGAUGCAGCCGAGAGGAUGGGUGAGGGAAUCGGACUGUUCCGUGCUUUGCGCAACCACGUUGGAUACGAAGUGGGCGAGAGGGAGAGGAGGGAGGUAGAGAGGGCGGAUGGCGAUGCUGACGGCGAGGCCAACGAAGGAGCAACUACUGCUCACGCGGAUGAUGCUUCGGAGAGCGGCGUUGGUGGAGAAGGCAAAUCCCAAAAGGUAUCUCCAGCAGAUGAGCCGGAGGAAGGAGAGCAAGACGAAGGUGAACGAGGUCGAGGCAUGGCUGCCAGCACAAGCGGUAGCUCGACACCGCGUAGGACCGUUGCAGUGGAAACACAAGACGCACCAGCACCAUCGUUGAACCCUUCCGCCCCAACCUUCCGACCAUCAGCAGCAGUGACGAGUACAGCUUCGACCCGGCGAAAGCGCGAUUCCACGGCGAUCACAGCAUCGGAUGAGGAAGGAGAAGUGGCAGAUGGAUUCUUAAUGCUUGCCAGCGCAUCGAACAGCAACACACCGAGAAAGAGGCAAAAAACAGAGGAAGGCGAGGUAGCAACAGGCGACAGCGAGGAGGAAGAAGGCAGUAUCCAACCUUCCAUGGCUGCAGGCAACACAAGUAUGAAAGUUCGCGCUGGACUCAAUCGUCAGCGAUGA